UGUUUACGGCCCGCCGUGGCCCACGUGUCCGGACGUGGCUCUGUUUGGUGACAGAACCUCCGGAGCGGACACCGAGGAGUCGUCGAACUUCAGUCCGCCUGGUGUGACGGGACCGGCGGGCUGUUCUGCACCGAGCCCCGGGCCUGAGCCAUGGGCCUCCUGGCGAGGAUCCGGAAGGAAUGGUUCAUCAUCGGGAUCGUGGUGGUCAUCUUAUCCGCCAAACUGCAGCCGAGCGUCGGCGUGAAAGGAGGUCCGUUGAAGCCAGAGGUCACGGUCGCGUACGUCGCCGUCUCGCUCAUCUUCUUCAACAGCGGCCUGUCUCUGAAGACAGAGGAGCUGACCAGCGCGCUGCUUCACGUCCGCCUCCACCUCUUCGUUCAGUCCUUCACGCUCGUCUUCUUCCCGCUCGCCGUCUGGCUGCUGCUCAGAGUGCUCGCCCUGACCGCCAUCGACCAAUGGCUGCUCAGAGGGUUACAGACGGUGAGCUGCAUGCCCCCUCCGGUCUCCUCUGCUGUUAUUCUCACCAAGGCUGUCGGAGGCAACGAGGCUGCUGCCAUCUUCAACUCGGCGUUCGGAAGCUUCCUGGGAAUCAUCGUGACUCCGGUGCUGCUGCUGCUGUUUCUCGGCUCGUCGUCCUCCGUUCCCUUCUCCUCCAUCUUCUCUCAGCUCUUCAUGACGGUGGUGGUUCCUCUGAUCCUGGGUCAGGUGUGUCGUAGUUUCCUCAGGGAGUGUCUGGAGCGACGUAAACCUCCGUUCGGCACCGUCAGCAGCGCCGUCCUCCUCAUGAUCAUCUACACCACCUUCUGUGACACCUUCAGUAACCCCAACAUCGAGCUGGACCCCACCAGCCUGCUGCUGGUCGUCCUCAUCAUUUUCUCUCUGCAGGUGAGCUUCAUGCUGCUCACGUUCGCCUUUUCUACCAGGUCGGGUUCAGGGUUCAGCCCGGCAGACACGGUCGCCAUCGUGUUCUGCUCCACACACAAGUCUCUAACUCUGGGGAUCCCCAUGUUGAAAAUCGUGUUCGAGGGCUACGAACAUCUCUCCCUGAUCUCAGUCCCUCUGCUGAUCUACCAUCCGGCUCAGAUCCUGCUCGGCUCCAUACUCGUACCGACCAUCCGGAGCUGGAUGACCAGCCGGCAGAAGUCUAGUCUGUUGUUGAGAUAGGGCCGCAUUCCAACACUACUGUGCCGAGCGGUGAAGCUGUCGACCCUUCAGCCCAUCUGACGAAGAUGAAACGAGUCUUGUGGUGUGUUUUCGUGCUGCGAUGGUGGACUGCAGCGGAGUGAUACAGUCGUACGUGCCUUAUUACAACCGAUCAACAGAGACCUCAGCCCGACGGAGGGGACGAGGCGUGCCUCGAUAUUCUCUAUUUCUGCGACAACGAAAAACUGUUUCAUAUUUCCAUCAUAGAUAUAUUCUUUUAUAUUUAAAAGAAUCAGAAGUAAGUUUUAUUUUUAUAUGAAAAGCCCCAAAAUUCCUGCAAAAAGAGGACGGCUGUUUUGUUUUUUAACAGAGGGAGUGUUUGUUUUGAUGAGCAGCGCCUCCCUGCAGGAACAGUAAGGGUGGAGUUACUGGGACCAUUCUUUUGGUAUUUUUCUAUCUUUCUCUGAGCUGUCACUGCCAGAAAGUGUGGACUGUUACAUUUAUGUUCUUGAUAGAAACACGCAAAUGCUGGAUUAUGUGACAUUUAAUAUACAGUAUGAUGAUGAGUUGUUUUGAUGGUGUUGAAGUGAUGAUGGUCAAAUUCAACAGGAAAAAUCAUCUCACAUUCACUUCAUCUGCUUUCAUGUUUGUGUCUUGAUCAAAUUCCUGUCCGCGUCAUUUAGCGUACAACUUUGAUUCUGACCAAGUUUGUUUUCUACAACAACAUUUUUUAAGUUGGACCAAUAAGGAGGCAGGAUUGAAGAAGUUAUCCGACACAGUAAAGAGCAGAAAAAAGUUUGAAAAUACCUAAAACUGCACACAGUAUAUUGAAAAAUGAUCAUAUACAUAUACGCGCAUAUGUAGAUGACACCCUAUUCUAUAUCUGAGUGAUACGAUGAUGUUGACAGUUGCAUCACAUCCAUCCAAUAGUUGUUCAGACAUUUGACUCAAAACCACCAUUGUCAAACCCAUGGUGGCGCUGAUGGAAAACUCUGAAGGAUUCAUUGUUUCAAACCCAUGUUGUUUGAAAGUGAAAACUUCGACCCACUUGUGUGACUAGAGGAAAAAUCAAGGAAUCGCCAAAGUACUUGGUCUUCAUCAUCUGGGCACCAUGAACAUCUGUACCAAAUGUCAUGACAAAACAUCCAGUAGUUGUUGAGAUAUUUGAAUUUGGACGACGGUGGACUGACGAUAUAGCCACAACACGUGGCCAUUGACGUUGGCAACAAUUAAGAGGUCUGAAAUCAGAUUCAGAGAGAUGACCGUGAAUGUAUCAUCACUGCAACCAAUCAGAACUGCAGCUGUUACACAUAAAAGACAAGGAUCACGGUGUUUUUAGCCAGUGUUGGCUCAUUUGUUAUGCUUAUGGACCAAAUAGAACAUCUGCAAUACAAGGGCUUGACUUUGCUCAGGGGCACUUUGACAGUAUUUCUUUAAGUUGUUUGCAGGUGUCACUACUUAGCCUUACAUCCCUUUAGUGUUUUAGGUCAAUUCUGAUUUCCUCUGUUCGUGUAAACAUAUCUUAAAGCAUCACAUUAGAAUAUAUUGAUAGAAAUGGCGCCAUCUUGUUGCACCAUCUUCUUCUGGUUUUCCAUCUGGAGAAUUGUCGCCCUUAUAUUUGGAUGGAAAGCCAGCUACUGACACCUUUAAGGCCUUUAACUGACUAACCCACCAACCACCAGCAAACAUGUUGGAGGGCCUAAGCUCUGUCAACACCUGAUUGUGUUUCUAUUUUAGUAGUACUGAAUAGCAGCACCGGUCCAACCAUUGGGAGUUGUGAAUGUAGUAAUAAGGACAUGAUCCCUGACCGGCUGCCCUUCUACAUACACUGCUAGUUGUUUGUAAAAUACAUCUGGUGCCCAGUAACUCUGGGUAAAAUGAUCAAAUUGGACUUUUAGUGCCAAUGUUGUAGCCAAAUAGAUUAUAAGGGUGGAGAUUGGGGUGGUGGGUGGUUGUGUAGCAUCCAACUGUCAUAAUCCAACGUUUUCAACCCCUUACAGUCAUUCUCCUAACCUAAAAACUGCAAUAACUUCUUCGCAAACAGUUGCCUAUCCACAAAUCUAGCAGUUACGGAGCAACAUUAUCAGUCCUUUGGAUUCUUGUUUGUGUCACAUGAUGAAUGCAAGUCUCAUAUUUACUCUCCUAUAGCUCUGUUUUUGGUAUCUACAAAGUGAGGGGUUAUAACCGGCUCUUUAGCUGCUAAAUGCUCCACUUUGUUCAUGUUUCUGCCUGGAAAAACAUAGCUAUGACUUUCAACAGCCUUGGAGAUACUUUAAUCACAGUUAUCUGUAGAUUCCCAACAUGAGAUGUUGACCUCAAGCUUCCGGUAACCAUCUUGGUGCAUGGGAAACCCAUUUCCUGAAUAAAAAGGAAAACUUUGUUCAUGGAAACAUUAUCAAGUGUUACUGAAUUGAUCAAACAGCUUCAGCUCUGUGUUUUCAGCCUGACUGGUAAUAAAUCUAAUAAAUUGGACUGUUACUAUGACGGUUAUCAAAGCCUCUACAGCACAAAUGCCACUCCAUUGGUCGUCCAGUCGAGUUUACAGUCAGGCUUUGUCGGUUUAUAGUGUGAUUGUUUUGCCAGAAGUGUAUUUCAAGGGGGAAAAAAGAGAUUCAACAAAGUAUGUAUGGGUCUGAUCUGUUACAUGUUUACAUAAAAAAGUAUGAGGAAAUAAACCUACCAACU